AUGGAAACGCCCAAAGAGGAGCCGUUCCCGUAUCUGAAACGGUUGGGAAACGGAAACGCCGGUGAAACGCCGGGAAACGUUUCCGGCAAAGUAUCCGCUAUUCUAGAAACGUUUCGUGUAAGUUUCCUUCAGGAGGAUGUUGGAAGUUCAAGUGUAACCUUUGCAGUGAAACCCGACAAGGAUCAUAUUCUAGAUGGGAUUUCUAUUUGCAAGAAAGCAACAACAGCUGAUAAACUUAACAUGACACAAUUAGAAGAUGCGUAUGAAAAGAAGAAAGCCGAGUCACAAGCGAAAGAAGUUCAGUUGCCAUGUGAAGCUGGUGUUGGAUUUAAGAAAAGAAAAGGUAUUUCAACACCUAUUGAAAGAGCUUUUGGUGUUGAAAUUAGGGACCAAUUGGAUCAAGAAAUAGCUAGAAUGUUUUAUAUUGGAGAAAAAGAUAAUGUUCACAAGCUAUUAGAGCCACUUAGGUCUACAUGGAAAGAAAAAGGUGUGACUAUUGUGAGUGAUGGUUGGAGUGAUCCUACAAGAAAACCUCUAAUCAAUUUCAUGGCUACCUCAGGUAAUGGUCCUUUGUUUCUAAAGACAGUGAAUUGUUUUGGGGAAGUGAAAGAUAGAUUUUUUAUUGCUGAAUUGAUGAAAGAAGUCAUCAAUGAAAUUGGUCAUGAAAAUGUUGUGCAAAUAAUUACUGACAAUGCAGCAAAUUGUAAGGCGGCUGGAGAGAUUAUAGAGAGUCAGUUUCCUCACAUCUAUUGGACACCAUGUGUUGUUCAUACACUUAAUCUUGCUUUGAAGAACAUUUGUUCACCAAGGAAUGUGGAAACAAAUGAUCUAACAUAUGAACAGUGUAGCUGGAUAAAAGAAGUUCACGAAGAGGCGUUUGCAAUAAAAAAUUUCAUCAUGAACCAUAACAUGAGACUCUCGAUUUUCACCAAGUUUACUCCUCUUAGGCUGCUUUCUGUUGCUGACACUCGCUUUGCCUCCAUCAUUGUGAUGCUUAAGAGAUUAAAACUUAUCAAAAGGGGUCUUCAAGCUAUGGUCAUAACCGAAGAAUGGUCUUCUUAUAGAUUAGAUGACACUGAAAAAGCAAACGCUGUGAAAGAAUAUAUUUUGAAUGAUGAUUGGUGGGACAAAGUAUCAUAUAUUCUUAGUUUCACUGGACCUAUAUAUGAGAUGAUUAGAGCUUGUGACACUGACAAGCCAUGUUUACACUUGGUGUAUGAGAUGUGGGAUUCUAUGAUUGAGAAAGUGAAGAUUGAGAUCUACAAGAAAGAAAAACGUCCGACAUCUCAAAUAAGUUGUUUUUAUGACGUUGUGCAUCGUAUUUUAGUGGCUCGAUGGACGAAGAAUAACACUCCCCUACAUUGUUUAGCUCACUCUUUACAUCCAAGUGAUGCAUGGUUAAUGGAGGAUUCUACAAGAUGUGCUCCACAUAGGGAUGGAGAACUUUCACAAGAAAGGAUGAAAUGUUUUCGAAGGUUGUUUCCUAAUGAUGAUGAGUAUGGCAGAGUCCUUGAUGAGUAUGCAAUGUUUUCAAUGAAGAGUGGUCCUUUUGAAGAUUUAACAAGCAUUUCAAAGAUGGCUACUAUGGAACCCAAGAAUUGGUGGGUCAACUUUGGUGCUCAGACUCCUUUUCUCCAAACUUUGGCUUUUAGAUUACUUGGACAACCUAGUUCUUCUUCUUGUGCUGAGCGUAAUUGGAGUACUUAUGCAUUUAUUCACUCGCUUAAAAGGAACAAGUUGACUACAAGUCAUGCUCAAGACUUGGUUUACAUCCACAAUAAUCUCCGACUUUUGUAA